CUGUCAACGAACCUCUUAGCGUGUGGUACGUCAUUCGUGUUGAUCGCGAUCGAUCGGCGUGUUACACCGGAUACACGCGUCUCCCUGAACGGGCGAGUGGUCGCGCAACGUUUUUACCUACAUCGGUCCGGUCCGGUUCGCUGAACCUCCCAUCCUGGCCGUGUUGUAUUUCUCUCGCGUGCGAACAAGUGUGAAACGAGGAAUAGCUUCGCGACAGCAGUGAACUUCUUCUUCCCUUUUACGUUUCCCUACGUAAAUUCGCGAAGAUGGUGCGCGGCCUUUCGCAGUGGACGAAGACCCUUAGUUUUCCGGCUAGGGUCUCGCCUCAGAGACCGGCCAAGGAGAGUAAGAGCUUCAACGUGAGUCCUAGUGCGAGUCCUACGUCGCCACCAAGUCCUAUUAAUGAUAACAUGGACAAAGCACCGAUUAUCACUGACGAGAACUUCCAAGAUUUGGAGGCACAAAAGGCAAUAAUGGGAUCCAUUGUUUACUGCAUUCAUCAUAAGGACGGUUGCAAGUGGUCAGAUGAACUUAGGAAGCUCAAGGCUCACCUCAAUACCUGCAAGCACGAUGCGGUGCCCUGUAGCAAUAAAUGCGGUGCAAUGAUUCCAAGAGUACUCAUGGAGGAUCAUCUUAAGUACACUUGUGCCCAGAGAAGGGCACGAUGCGAUUUCUGCGCCAAAGAAUUUACUGGUCAUACUCUUGAGAAACAUACUGGAACAUGUGGGUACGAACCACUAUACUGCGAAAACAAAUGUGGUAUGAAAGUUCAAAGGAGACAUUUAGGUCAACAUAAAUUAGGCGAAUGUGCUAAGAGAUUAGUAGCUUGUCGCUAUUGUAAUAAAGAAUUUGUCUUUGAUACACUUGGUGCACAUCAUGCAAAAUGUGGUCGUUUCCCCGUCGCGUGUCCACAUCGUUGCGAGACUGCAGUACUACCAAGAGAAGAUUUGGAAGUUCAUCUCAAGGAUCACUGCACAACGCAUCUUCUUUCGUGUACCUUUAAAGAUGCUGGCUGUCGCUUUAAGGGUAAUAGAUUCUCACUGGACAAGCAUCUUGAAGAAUCAGCAAAAAUGCACCUGAGUCUUAUGUGCAGUGUAGUGACUAAACAACAGCAUCAAAUAACCAGUCUGAAGUCAGCAAUCAGCAAAUUAUCACUCAAUUACACUGGUACUCUAAUAUGGAAGAUCACUGAUUACGCAGCAAAGAUGUCUGAGGCUAAAGCCAAGGAAGGCAUGGAGUUGGUCAGCCCACCUUUUUACACUAGUCAAUAUGGAUACAAGCUACAGGCAUCCGUCUUCCUCAAUGGAAAUGGAACCGGAGAGGGUAGUCAUAUUUCUAUAUAUAUAAAAAUCCUCCCGGGCGAAUAUGAUGCUCUUCUCCGUUGGCCCUUCUCACACAGCGUCUCCUUCACAAUGUUUGAUCAAACCGUCCUUGCGGAGAAAGCUUGCAACAUCGUCGAGAGUUUUAUACCAGACCCUACAUGGAAGAAUUUCCAAAGGCCGAGCCGUGAACCAGAUUCCCUAGGUUUUGGGUUUCCCAGAUUUGUCUCCCACGAGAUGGUAAAAAAACGUCAUUUCGUCAAGGAUGACACUAUGUUCAUUAGGGUCAAAGUCGAUCCCAGCAAAAUUGUUGCGGUUUAACUUUUCACGACCAUUGUAAUUCCUUGGGACGAUAAUAACAAUUACAAGAGGAAUGAUCUGGAUUAGGUCAGUAAAGUGAGGAUUGUGGAAAGCCGUUUCUUAGCUUAUAUAGCACCCCGAGCUUCGUGUUUUAUUUGGAAUGAUAAAUAUUUACCAAGGUCGUCAUUAUGCAACGAGUUUCUACUAGUUUCGCACUUUCGUGGUUCAGGAGAAUGAUUACUAUUGAUUUAUUCCUGAAAUAUACGGUUUGUACAUAUUACUUGUUAGGAUACUGGGAGUUAUAUGUAUCUGAAAUGUUUUAACUACUGGUACUUAUAUCCUUGUGAUAUAUAAUGGGAGAAUGUUGAAACAAAACAUCACGUCAGUUAAGAUUUUAAAGCUUUGCACUGUUGUGUUGAAAGCGUUUUGAAAAACAAAUCUUCCACGACUCCUUUUUUACAAUUUGAUUUAUUUUCUGGUUAUAGUAAUUUAUUGAUAAUACCAAACAUUGUUAUUAUACAUCUCAUCGUUUCUUUUUUAUACUAUGGUUCUUGUCUCACAUUUCCUAUAUGCAUUUAGCUACUUUUGAACUAUCUGUCUGCAACAAAUCAUGUGCUACUAUUCAGUUGAAGUUAAGUUCCACUAGUGGAGUGUAUAAUAGUAUUUUAAUACUCAGGAUUAUUAAUUGAUCAACUGCUAAAAUUCUUACCUGCACUGUAUACCUAAUUCUUUUUUUUUUUACAAAAGGAAUCAUUGCCCUAAUAUUGCCAACCCUACGUACUUAAUGCUCUACGUUUACAUACUGGAAAUUCGCUUGUACUCCUAUUUAAAGUACGAGUAGUUCUAAGCAUUUUCAAAUAAGUUAUGUAUAAGGGUUAAAAUCAAAGAUUAUUUGAAAGUUGUUCUAAUGUACUCUAAAGAUGUAAAUACUGUGAAAAAAAAAGAAAAAAUGCGAUUAUCGAACGGAUGCCUAGAUUAUAACUUUAGUUGUGCCGAUGUAAAUACACUUUAGUCCUCUUUGUAAGCAAUAAGGAGAAAAUGUGAUUGAGAUGCUAGUGACUGUACGUAAUGAAUUUAAGUGAAAAUAGAAAGUAUAAUAAAAAUGUCAUAAACCUUAA